ACAUCUUCCCCGCCAAGUUUAAAUAAUAAUUUUGCACAAUGUCGAGUACUAAAUUACCGAUGAUAUUUCAGACUGCAGAUUUGUCCGUUGAAACUCGGGUAGCAGCUUAUAAAAAUGAUAUUUUGGGCUUGUGUAAACCGCGCGAAGUUCCCGAUAGAAUAGCGAAAUACAUUGGUCGAAAUGUCGAGGCGAGUGGAUGGAACGCAGUAUGGAGAAGUACUCCUAAAUCCAGCGGACAACUACAUCCUUUUGACGUUGUAGUGGAGGUGUCAAAUGUCAAUGCCAGUGACAUUAUGGCAGAAGUCAGUAUAUGUGAACCAGUGGUCACAGACUGCCUCAAUGAUUUAGACACUGAAAAAGUCAAUGCAUACCUUUGCUGUCACGGCAAUCGUGUUCCUCUAACUGAGCUGUGCCCAGUGUAUGAUGAAACUGGACAACAUGAUGAAACCGCAUUGGCCAUUGAGCAUGUCAGGUUUUUCUAUGAGAACAUUUGGAGAGAGUGGGAUGAGGACGAUGAUGGAGAGUAUUGUUAUGCCGGCCGACAUUUAGACACAAGAAUUCAACUCUACUAUGAUAUACAAGAAGGAAACCUUCCUAGAGAUCUGGUCAACAACUAUAGAGAUAGUUAUAACCAGUAUAGGGAGAAGUUAGCAGAGCUGAAACAGCUUCAGGAAAAAAUUGCAGUCAGUGAUCUUGAUGAAGAGCUUGAUGAAAUGGAUGUGCUCAAAUGUGCACAGAUGUCAGAAGUGUGCGAGUCACUGGUUCAUUCACUGCAGAUCAUAGAGAACCCACAAAUGAGGUACCUCUUAGCUUCUGUGUCACCUAAACUGGUGCAGCAGGGUCCCAGGGGUAACAGACCCAGAGGAGAUGAGCCUGUUACUUAUAUAGUGGCACCAAAGUUACAGGCUGGCAUGGUCAAGUUCUAUGAAGAUAACACAGUGGUGGAGCAUUACCCUUGCUUGGGAAAGGCACUAAAGAGCUAUUAUCAUGGGGAUACAAUUGUUGUCUAUCCUGGAAAAUACAAACUUGAGGGAAGAGCAUAUCAAUUAGCAGAUUCUGUUCAUAUCACAGGAAUAGGAAAUCCCUCCGAAAUUGUUGUCUUCUGCAGUGAUAACGAAGAAUACACAAUGGAAUGCUGUGCAACUAACAUUAGCAUCAAGAAUAUCACCUUUGAACAAGAAGGAAAUGAAAAUGAGGGAGUAGUGCUAGUGAAGAGUGGCAGGGUUACAUUUGAUGAUUGUCAUAUGAGAUGUGAGACAAAUGGUGUCACUGUGGAAAAUGGAGAGCUGGUCAUGAGGCAAUGCAAAGUUCAUGGUGCCAAGUCUGCAGCAAUUAUUGUUUCCUCUGGUGCAAAACUUGAUUUACAAGAUAGCAAACUGUUUGAUAAUGGAGAAUUUGGUCAGAAUUUGGAUGUGUCUACUGAACUUGCCACUGGAGCCAUUGUCUUGGAGGCCAAGUCGGAUUCCAAGAAGACCACUGCAAUUUUGUCUGAUAAUUACAUCUCUAACAAUCAUUGCCAUGGUAUUUGUGUCAAGAAGGAUCAGGAAAUUUUUGCUGCAUGCUGUGACCCUGAGCAUGGCAUCAAAUUGGAAAUGACAAACAAUGUGUUUGAGGAAAACAUACAUGGUGACAUUGGUCACUUCCUGGUUAACAAAGACUAAUCUUGUAGUUCAAUGGUCAACCUUGAAGGACCUGUGUCACUAUUUUCUUGUAUGGGCUAAAAUGCAAGGUCUUUUGAUAGCUAAGGGAAAAACUUAGAUGGAACACCAGGUUUGCUUAGUGGCAUUAAAUGAAAUUCACAGAGAAAGUCAAUUGUAUACAACUGGAUUGUUAGUAAAUAGGUAGGAAUGAUGAUAAAUUGCACAAAAUUAAAGCAAGGGUAGAAAAAGUAUGUAAUUUUUCUCAAGCAGAGUCAACACCAGAUGUGUUAUAUUAUAUAAAUGCCUCAGAAAAAAUGGAUUUCCAUUCACCCUUCAAACACUGUGAUGUGGUCUCAUAGUUUGCAUGUGAAAAAAGAAAGAAUAUAUGAAAUGCAAUAAAAUGUAUGU